UCCAUCCGGACCCCGCGGUGUGCCCGGCCGGCCCUGAGCCACCUUCGAGGUGAACUUUGGGGAGAAACCGCCCAGAUUAACUCGGUCUGUUAAACACGGAGGACACCUAAUAGCAGACGGUCUUUCCGAAGUCGUUUUAGUGAAGCUACAAACUCUCCCCCAGAACAGCUUCUCAGUCCGUAAAGUAGUUGAGGAGACGUGAUUAGUCUCGUAUGAUAAAUGCAGUAUUGCUUGCAUAAUUUACAGAUGUCAAACUGAACUUUUUAACUGUAUCUGAAUUGCUAAAGUAGUUGCAGCACUAUGUUUUUCACAGGAUUAAAUGGCCAGUGACCGUGUCGCUGCAAGUCUCGUUCACCUCUUUAGUAAUCGCUCGGACAGGAAAAGCCCUGGCAGGCAAAAAGAGCGCUGCUCGAGUGUGCAUGAUGAGGGUGAAAUAGUUACAGUAAAAAGUAAUAGUUACAGAAAAUAUUUAGUAAGUGUCAGAUACUGCCUAUAAUUAUUCUUGUUUGUUUCCUGUAUACUCAAUCAGUACUCCAUCAGUAUCCAACAACUUCUGUUAAGUGUUUGCUGAAUACUGUUCACCAGUUCCGCGGCUUGCUUGUGGUGUGGGCGGAUAGCUCGGUGUGAAUUUUAAAUCAUUUUGCCUAUGGCAAUUUUCAGUUGUGUAAUACUGGAAUGUGUUUAUUUUAACCUGAGCGUUCGUUCUCCUUCCUUAUCACGUAUCUUUCUUUAUUCCGACACUUAUCACAGAAGUAUUUAUUUAUAAUUCUUUCUUUGCAGGCUAAUAACCUACAUAGAAAAUGAGACUGAAUAACAUGCACAUGCUGAUUACUGGAGGAGAGGCUGAAGGACAUCCUGUUUUGAUUUAGCAGUGUUACUGUUCUUUGGGGUUAAAUGGAGAAUUUGAUUCUGUUUUGGAAAUAUUCAUGUAUCUAAUGCAACUGCACUUCAGUAGCCUUUUUUUGCAGUGCAGAUUUCAACAAUUUUUUCUUAAAGAUGCAGAACCUAUCACUAGGACAAAGUCUUACUGAUACAGACACAUCGUACCAAAUGUCUCUAAAAGACCUGACAGUUGAAGUAGGUGGUACAUCUCUGGAUGAAAGUGACUAUAACUCGAAUGGAAGGACAAUUAACAAAGAAAGUACUAAUCUUGAAGUCAUGCAGCAAAGCCUCCUUGUAGUGAAUAGCAAAGAGAGAAGUUGUGAGGGAUUUUCUGAAAGCAGUUACAGUACCACAGAACCCAGUGGUUCCUGGGGUGAUUUUGAAGGCUUUGAGGAGUCCUUGGGUGAGUCAGAGAGAUUCAGUCAAAAUCUUGAAGUUUUGGUGAAGUCAACAGAAACUUCUGGAGUUGAUAGAGACUUAAGCAGUGGACACUGUAGCACUGAUGCUGAUCACUUUUAUUGUGAGCCAUCUCUACACAGUGUGAUACAGGAGGCUUCAAGCUCUCUAAAUGAGGCAAGCCAGAGCUAUGAGGAUAUGUUUAAGUUGAGCUUUCCAGAAGUCUUUGUAUCACAGUCCAGCGAGAGCAUAAGAAGCUUAGAUCAAGUACUUGAUACAGAUAAUGGAGAUGUUGGGAUUCCUGAACUUACAAAGAAUCUACUUUGCACUGAUUCUGGAAACAUAUGGAGAACACUUAGAGACUAUUAUAAUGCUCCCAGUUUAAGACAUCCUUGGAGUAAAUCUCAUUGCCAAGAAAACCUCUUGAGUGUUCUUGGAAUAGAUGCAAAUCAAAAGGACUUUUCAGAGAGCCAGGAUAUUUUUGAGGAAUCAAAUGUUAAAGAUACUGAGGACUUCAGAUUUGAUGGAUUCAGUAUUAAUGACUGCAAAGCACUGAUCCAGACCAAGCUUUCUGUAUCACCAGAUUCCAGACACGGUCAUCUUUUCACCUGUGACCUCUUCUUGAAAACCACAUCAUCAAAUGGAAACAUGCAGUAUAUCACAACCCCAAGGAAAAGGCAUAUUUUUGCUGCAUGCAACCUAAAAAUGAAAUUUUUUCAGUAGUGAUGUUUGAACCAAAUGCACUUUUUAAUUAUUUUGUUUUCUUUUUGAA